GGAGUUCACAAGGACGCGGCUUCCUGGCCGCGUUCCGGGGAAGGAGCUUUGCGCCGCGGGUCCCAUCCCCCGGUCGUCCGGCUCAGGAAACGCAGAGAAAGCCAGGAACCCGGCCUGCCAGGCCCCGGGGCCCUCCGCCCCGGCCUUCGGCUGCAGGAAGCUGGCUGGCGGGAACGCCCUGCCCGUGGGUGGGAAAAGCCGGAGCUGCAGCAGCGCGGCGUCCCAGGCUGCAGCGAGCUGUCACCGCCGCUGCGCGCCCUUGCCGCAGCCCCAGCCCUGCGCCAGUGCGGCAGCCGCGUGGCCCGGAUCCUGCAGCCGCCACUGCGCCUGCUGGGGCUCAGGGAGGGAGGGCUCCGGCCCAGUGCUCUCGUGGAGGGGGCGACAUCCUGAGGGUGUGUAGGUCAAGAGGCAGCUCCCAGUGAAAGAUAGUGAUUGAUUCCAAGACAGCAGGCGGCAGUGGGAAGGCAACGAGAAGUCACCGCAGAAAGCUCCCAUUACCUAAAUGACUUAUAAUGGUCUUCAGUUGCCAAAGAAGGUUGUGGAUGCCAAGAGAAAGGUAACCAGUUUCUCCAGUGCAGUCGGAUGCCUUUAGCAGUCCACCUUGGCUGGCUGUAGACAUGGCAGACAUGGCCAGCUACAAGGAUUCUGCCUCCAGUCGCCAUCUGCGGUUUAAAUUACAGAGCCUGAGCCGCCGCCUCGAUGAGUUGGAGGAAGCCACAAAAAACCUCCAAAAAGCUGAGGAUGAGCUCCUGGACCUCCAGGACAAGGUGAUCCAGGCAGAGGGCAGCAACUCCAGCAUGCUGGCUGAGAUUGAGGUGCUGCGCCAGCGGGUACUGAAGAUUGAAGGUAAAGAUGAGGAAAUCAAGAGAGCAGAGGACCUGUGUCAUAUGAUGAAGGAGAAACUUGAAGAGGAGGAAAACCUUACCCGAGAGCUAAAAUCUGAGAUUGAGUGGCUUCAGAAACGAAUGGCUGAUCUAGAGAAGCUAGAGGAGGCUCUGAGCAGGAGCAAGAACGAAUGUUCCCAGCUUUGUUUGAGCCUGAAUGAAGAGAGAAAUCUGACCAAGAAAAUCUCUUCUGAGUUGGAAACGCUCAGAGUCAAAGUAAAAGACCUGGAAUCUUCAGAGGACCGCUUGGAUAAAACUGAACAAAGUUUAGUAUCAGAAUUAGAAAAGUUAAAAUCAUUAACCCUGAGCUUUGUAAAUGAAAGAAAAUACUUGAAUGAAAAGGAGAAAGAAAAUGAAAAAUUAAUAAGAGAGCUUACUCAAAAACUGGAGCAGAACAAAAAAAUGAACCGAGAUCAUACAAGGAAUGCUUCUACCCUUCUGGAGAGGAGUGACCUGCGUAUUGAGGAUGGCAUCUCCUCCACACUGCCAUCCAAAGAAUCCAGAAGGAAGGGCAGUCUGGACUACCUAAAGCAGGUUGAGAAUGAAACCAGAGACAAAUCAGAAAAUGAAAAGAACCGGAACCAGGAGGACAACAAAGUCAAAGACCUCAACCAAGAGAUUCAGAAACUUAAGACACAAAUCAAACACUUUGAAUCUUUGGAAGAAGAGCUUAAGAAAAUGAGGGCUAAAAACAAUGACCUUCAGGAUAAUUACCUAACUGAACUGAAUAAAAACAGAAUCUUAGCUAGCCAGCUAGAGGAGAUAAAGCUGCAAGUCAAGAAACAGAAAGAGUUAGGAAAUGGGGACAUUGAAGGGGAAGAUGCUUUCUUAUUGGGCAGAGGCAGGCACGAGAGGACUAAGUUAAGAGGCCAUGGGGCUGAGGCAUCCAUGUCCAGGCACACAUCCCGGGAACUGUCUCCUCAACAUAAGCGGGAAAGGAUCCGGAACAGGGAGUUUGCUCUCAACAAUGAAAACUAUUAUACUCUAAGCAAUAAGCAGGCUUCUUCUCCUAUUUUCACCAACAGAAGGGCAGCAAAAGCUUCUAACCCGGGAGUGGGUACAGACAGUGGACCUCAGGAGACAAAGAGAGCUGAAGACCGAUUUUUACCUGGGUCCUCUCAGACUGAAGGAAAAAAGAAUAGGGAGCAGCCAUCAGUGCUUAGCCGUUACCCCCCUGCUGCCCAGGAGCACAAUAAAGUUUGGAAGGGAACUCCCAAGCCAGGCACUGAGAGUGGACUGAAGGGGAAAGUUGAGAAGACAACUCGAACAUUCAAUGACUCUACCCAUGGGUCUGUUCCUAAUGAUACAAUGGGUAGAGGCGAUAAGACUUCUGAGACCUCUGAGGCACACUGUGGGAAGAGAGGACAGGUGCCUGGCAAUGGAAGUCAAGUAACUCAGGCUGUAGAUUCUGGCUGUUCUAAGACCACCGGAGCUCUGUCCUCAUCCCGAAGAGCCUCCUCAGAAGGGAUUUCUAAGGGCAAAAAGGCUGCUAAUGGCCUGGAGGCUGAUGCCAAUUUUCCAAAUUCUAAAGCUCCUAUUUUAUCAAAGUAUCCUUAUAGUUCAAGAAGCCAAGAAAAUAUACUUCAGGGCUUUUCCGUGCCAAAUAAAGAAGGAGUUGAUCAGUCUGUAGCAGUUGUAAUGGAAGACAGCAGCCAGCAUGAAGCCCUAAGGUGUCGUGUCAUCAAAUCCAGUGACAGAGAGAAGCCAGACUCGGAUGAUGACUUGGACAUAGACUCUCUUGUUACUGCCAAGUUGGUGAGCACAACUCUCACUCCAGAGCCAGAGCCCAAACAACAGCCAAACUCUAGAGAAAAGGUCAAGUCCCGAGGGGGACCUAGAACUGCCCUAUUUGAAAACGAUAAAAAUGCUGCAAUAGAAAAUGAAUCUGUGAAAUCUACCAGAGCUUCCUCCAAUGCUGUAGAAUUGCCAGAUGCCAAUGGUGCUGGGGUAAAAAACCAAAGGCCCUUCAGCCCUAGAGAGGCCCUGCGGUCUAGAGCAAUUAUAAAACCUGUUAUCAUUGAUAAGGAUGUGAAAAAAAUCAUGGGAGGAUCUGGAUCUGAGGUUGUCCUGGAGAAGCAGAAAUCCAUCUCUAAACCUGUGCCAAGCAAAGUGACAAGCAGCAUCACCAUCUACCCCACCGACAACAGUGGCCCUAGAGCCGUCCCAGGAGAGGCCCCAAGGGAGAGGCACACCUCCACCAGCAACAUCCAGGUGGGGCCCCCAGAGCUCACAGCAGCUAGCAACCAUGUCAACUCCCCCCUCGAGCUCUCUAUUCAUAAACAUGACAUUACCUUGCAGCUCACAGAAGCUGAAAGAACGGGAGAUGGCUCUCCCAAGAAUAGACCAGAGACAGUGGUCUCCAGGAGCAGCAUUGUAAUUAAGCCAUCCGAUUCUGUGGAGAGGAACAGUCAUGCCCCCCCAGCGGAGACAAUCAGGUGGAAAAGCCACAGUGCCUCUUCAGAGGUGGGCUGUGCAGAUGCAAGACACGUCACUGUGCGGAAUGCCUGGAGGAGUAAGCGAGACUUGAAAUGUUCAGAAGACACCCAAACUCGAGUAGGUAGGCACAUGGAAUCUACAAAUGCCUACACACAGAGGUCUUCCACAGACUUCUUAGAGCUUGAACAGCCCAGGUCCUUCCCUUCUGAACAGGGCACUCGAAAGGUAGGAAAUGCAGGGGAUGGUCCUGAACUUUCCUCCAGAAGGACCCAAAGUAGCCUCACCGCAUCAGAAGUUCUCACCCGGAGGAAUCGGAUAGGAGACGCCAUCACUGCUGCCUCCUGGAACCACUCAGUAAGCAUGGAGGAAGGGGAGGACACCACGUCUGUUAUCAGCAGGCGAGUGCACAGCGCCUUGGAGCAUUCUGAACUGCCUGGGAAGCAGGGGUUGCCAGAGCCUGAGCGAGUCUGGGCUGAGGAGCGACUACAGCCAGCCAGGCCUUACGCUGAGGAAGACUGAGCCAGCUAGGUGAAGUCUGCUGUUUCUCCCCUUCUCCUGCUUAUCAGCUCCUCCCCACCUUUCCAAGGCCAGUUAAUCAGGCUAGACACAAAGGCCUUGGCUGGGAGACUGUAGAGAGCCAGGCUAUGGCUCAGGUAAUUUUUGCCAAUUGUCCGGAUAGGAUCAGAGACUACAAACCAGUCCUCAGGCCCAGCCUUCCCUGAUGCAUGAGUAGUCCUCUCUCGUCCCUAUUCCUAAGGUAGCAUGGACCACUCUCAGACCCCAAAAUGGGAAGCGAUAGAAACCCAUCACCAUAUAGAGGCAGCCAAAAGCUCUCUUCUCUGCUCCUUGGUGAGCUGUUUGUAUAUCAAAGCCCAGCCCCUUUCGCCAUGUAGUUGAUGCCAAUUUGUCUCCUUACCAUAUCCAGUUAGCUCCUUGUUUGCCCUAAGGGGUCCCCCACUAAGAACCAUCAGCCAUCAUUCCCAUCUAGGGGGCUUACAUUCCUGUCUGAGUUCUUGAGAAUUUGGAAACAGAAAAAGGGUUUGUGCUGCUGUCCUUAAGUAAUUAUGGGAUUACCCUUAUGUUGAAGCUUCCCUGACUUGGCUUUUGGCUAACCAGUUUCUGGGAGGCAGAGCAUGACACCAAAUGGAAUGACACCGUCCUCCAACUCCAGCUCUUGGCUCACCUUCCAAAGGCAUCGGAAACAGAUCUCAUGCAUCUCCUUUCCUGGGCACCAACAUUGCUGCUGGCAUCACCUCAGCUCUCCCCAGGGGCUGGAAAUUUCAAUUGACUUCUCAUCAUUCUCAUCUUGGGAAAAUCCUAGACUGAGCUGGCUGACUCAGCAUACUCUGCCUUCUAGGAAGUGCCCAGCAAGUGGGAACGCAAACAAAACAAGUAGAUUCCUUUAGUCACUCCACAAGCAAUAGCUCCAUGAAAGGCAUGGACUGACUGCUCUCUCCCAUUCCUCUUCUGCCCCAUGGAGGAGGCCUCGCACUUUACCAUGCUGACUGCUGAUGCUCCAUUCCCACAAAAGCAAGCCCUUGUGUCUACGAGUAGAUCAUAUAUAUAUCAGUGAUUUCAUUGGAGGAAAGCCAAUAUCUCUGCCUGUUGAGGGCCUCAGGUUUAUGCAGUUCAAAGUGCAUUAAGCCUUUUAGGAAGGCAGAUAAAUAAAAAAAAAAAAAAACUUUUAUCUCCUUAUACCAACUACAUGGGGAGGUUAAGAACUGUUUGCUUGUCGCUGGAGUUUUUGAAGCAUUCUUUCAGUUCAAAGGGAUCCUCUAUGGCUACCUUUGUGAAAUUGAUGUCAUUGUCUUAUCACUAGACUAGGAGUCUCGAAGCCACUUUCCCCAUCUCUCCUGGCUUGUCACUCUGUGACCUUUGGCAAGUCAUUGUCUUCUUGGAGCCUCAGUUUCCCCUAUCUUUAAAAUGAGUUUUGUUGGUUUUUCAUUUGUUGCUCGCAUGUGUGUACACACGUGCAUGCUGGUAUUGAACCUAGGACGUGGCAUGCUAGGCAAGUGUUCUGCCACUGCUGCUUCAUAGCUCAAAUGAGUUCUUUGGAGUGGAUGAUCUCUAAGGCCUUAAUUUUGGUGUUCCAAACUUGUUUUCGCCAUGCUGCGUGAGCUGACUCUUGCUUUUGGAAGGUGAUGUUCACAGGAGGCUGGGGAAUGUCUUUUUGCCUUCAGUUGUCUUCCUGGUCUUAUACUUUCUCCUCAUGUUUCUGUCAUGGGGGUGAGCUCAGAGAACUCUGUAAGGCCUGUCUUCAGUCUGAGGUGAAGGGAUUAGAUUGGGUGGUCUCAGGUCUAUGUGGCACCAGUGUCCCCCAGUGCCACGCUUCCUGGCUUUCAAGCUAGGUGCUUUCUGUAACAGAUCUGUUUGAUUCCUGUUUCCGUGCCUCUCCUGUGAAUUUCCUGGCUACAGGGAAGACUCAGGACAUCCUCAGGAGGACUGAGUAAUCUCCUCCACCCUUACUCAGCACACACACUGGCACCAUUUGCCCUUGUCUGGAUCAGACAGACUCAGCCAUCCUGCCAGGGUGUGGGGAGAUCUACUGUGUUUGCUUUUUUGAAUCCCCAGGGACAGGAACAACUUGCUAGCACUUCUGUUAUAAUGGAGUUUUGCUAACCCGAGGGCAUUGCCAUCUGUCUUGCCUCCACAUCCCAACUUGAUGUACAACUAGGAUAGUGUUUUCAAGAUCUGUUCCUGCUGCUGCUUUUGGGUCACUGGCCAGAACUCCUUCGCUCAAGGCUGCAACCUCUCACUUUCAGUCCCCCGCCACUCUCCUGUGCCAGUCGGCAGCCCUGAGUUCAAAGGAAGCAAACCUCUGUGGCGGUCACUGAAGAGUGUAGUAAACAGUCUGUGGCUCUUCUCUGCAGAUAGAAAUAAGGGCACCAAGCCCUGCUUCAAAAGAUAAUGCCAAUAAUUUUUGUCUUUGGGUGUUGAACCCUGUAUUCUGGUGCUGUAGCUCCUGGUGCCAAAGUCUGGAUCUUUCCACGUUUUAGCAGCACCAACAUCUGCUGCUAUUUGAAAUGUUCUGUGGAAAAGGGACAGCGGAGGGCUGCCAUUUUGAAAAUCCGAGUGCAAUAGCAUUUGAUUGUAACAAUUAUUUCAGGAUAUUAUUUCUUUAAUCUGCACACUUUGUUGAACCGCUGUAAAGUAGAUUUUAUUUUUAAAUGCCUUCAGCAUUGCAAACAAUAUUUAUACUAAGCAAGUGAAAUUUGAAGGGUUUGGUUCCUCUGUACUUCCCGUGGAAUUCCAAGGGUGGAAGGCACAUCACUUCUGAAAAAAAGAUCACCAAGAUGUAACCUUUGGGUCUAAGCUGGAUGUUAGAGGAAGCCUCCAAAUAGAAGGAAGAUCCAUAGUCAAACUGUUGUCUAAUCAAGCCAAAUAUUCCCUUAGUCCCCACCAACAGACCCACUUUUAUGACAAGUGCUUCUCUUCAGUAGUCUUGGUAGAUGGGGGCUGAAUUGAGCCAGCAGGUGUGUAUCCAAGAGUUCUGAGUUAGAAGAACUUGGUUCUAGAACUGCUUGAAGAGCUGGUGUCCUCUACCUGCUGCUGUUCCCUGCCACUUGGGUACUGAAACAGUCAGAAAAGGCUGUAGGGCAGCAGGCAGGAAGCCAUGCCAGGUCUGUUUCUGUGGCAGUGAAACAGUUCAGAGUAUGAGUUAAAGGGAUUUGUGUGGGGCCAAGGCUACAGGCAAGCUUGCACACCAGUCAUCCUCUCCUGCAGCAACGGCCGGUGCCUAGAGUAGUAAUGGACUUCUUGUCCUGGGCAGUGUCAGUUGUUAGAUUUAGUGGGUCAGUAAAGAAGCAGGGACAGAGGCUGGCUCCCGGCUGCCUGUGUCAGCAUGGGUUUUUUCCCUGACAAAGACUGCUUUGUAAGAGCUGCUUUCUAGGGAUUAUCUUUUGAACACCCUGAAUGGGGAACAGGGUUCUCCUCAACACCUCAACCAAGGUCAUAGGAAAGAGGUCCUAUUUUCCUGCUGCUUCAAAGCUCAGAACAUGUAUUGAACGGAAUGUAUUUUUAAGAGAAUAAAGUCUAUUUUUUGUAUUUUAAAGAUUGGGAGGGCUAGGAAAAUAGCCCUUAAAUAAACUUACGCAUGAUCGGCCCUUUACUAGGGCCUCAGCUCUGUCGGUCCAUACCUGCUUGUCCAGGCAGGUGGCUCUGGCUUCACCUCUGCCCCUUGGAGUCUAGGUGCAGCAGCUUCUACAUUCCUGCUCCAAGUACGGGACCAGAGAGGCCAGGAACUGCCUCUGGAAAGCAGGGCACAGCCACGGGCAGUGGCUCAGGGCUCCUUGGGUGCAUGUGUAUAGUUGAAGCUGCCUGUCUGCAUGUGUCCUUAGGCUGUAAUGCUCUCUGUUGGCUCUGCAGCACAAUAUUGUAACCAAUAAAGCUCCCUCGUUUCUAUAUGC